UUUACAACAAUAUGACUUGUCAGCAAGAGUACUGUGUAGGAUAUAUUCGUUCAUAACAUAUAUUUAAAGGCUCUUGCAGAGAGAGAGAGACGACACCAACUACAGCUGAUCAUACAGGCAUAAGCUAACUAUUUAGCUAGAUAUUGAAGCUAUAAACUAGUUCACUAGAGAAGCCAGCAAACCCACAUUAUUUAGUCAGUGUGCUGUAUUGAUGAAGCUCUACAAGCAUGAGGCAUUUACUGUCACAGCUGAGGAGUUUACAAGGCUUUUCCCAGAGAUCAGCAACAAUUCCUUCUGAAACCUUGUACAAGUAUAAACACUGCAAACACUGCCAGCUGCAUCAGCCUGCUUUAAAGACUGUAUCUCACAAUCCUUAUCAAUCUCUAAGGCAUUGCAGCAGCAAUAUAAGAGAAUCCAACUGGAGUGUUCAUUCCUUGGAAAGCCGUGGAGUAGUGAGACUGAAAGGUACAGAUACAGUACCAUUCCUCCAGGGUCUGGUCACAAAUGAUGUUGCUGUUGUUGGAGACAAAACCCCUAGUCUGUAUACCUUGAUGCUCAAUGUACAGGGUCGUGUGCUGUAUGACCUGUUGAUGUUCCACGCCACUGAUGUGACAGGGAAGUCUUUCCUUUUAUUAGAGUGUGACACUAAUGUCACUGAAGAUCUCCUCAAACUCAUUAAAAGAUAUAAAAUCAGAAAGAAGGUUGAUAUAGCUGAUGUGACUGAUAGCUGUAAGGUGUUUGCUGCUCUUUGUAAAGGCGACGAUCAAAAGAUAUCUGUUGAUAAGCAGCUGCCUGGAAUAUUGUCAGCGGCUCCAGAUCCUCGCAUGAAUAGCUUUGGUUUGAGAAUCAUAGCAAGCAACUCAGGGUCAGUACUCAAAGGGUUUGGAGUUAAAGAGGAAACACCUGAGGAGGACUACCACAGGGAGCGGUAUCAGAUUGGUAUUGGGGAGGGAGUAGUGGACUUACCCCCAGGGAACUGCUUUCCUCUGGAGAGUAAUGCUGUGUAUCUGAAUGGAGUGUGUUUCCACAAGGGCUGUUAUGUCGGCCAGGAGUUGACCGCUAGGACAUUUCACACUGGGGUCACACGCAAGCGCCUGAUGCCUCUCUUGUUUGAUGAUGAACCACAGAAUAUUAUAGCCGGAUCUAACAUUGUAACAGAGACAGGAAAAUCAGUGGGGAAAAUGCGAGGUCAUAUUGGAAAAUAUGGACUCGGUCUUUUACGGAUAGCAGAGGCCAGUAAAAACCUUAGUGUUAAAACAGAGACAGAGGAAAACCUAGGAGUGAAAGCCACCACCCCAGACUGGUGGCCUAAGGAGAGUUGAUUUGAAUUACAUAAUCGAGAACACAUACUGCCCUUCAGUUACAUGUGCAUGCUGAUAAUGUGAACCCUAGAUGGUGUAAUUAUAUAAAGAGACUAGACAUGAAUUCAAUAUCUCAAAAUACUUAUCUAUGGAUGUGAAUUAUUUAAAGAAGUUAAGAAUUCCAGAACUGUCUCACAGUUUAGAGUCAGAUUUGACAUAAAUUGCAAACUUCAAAAUUGUACUGUGUACUUAUCUAAAGCAUGUAGGGUCAGUUCUGUUGACUGACUGCUUAGACCAGCUAUUCCUGUUUUUUUGACUAAGGAAAUGAAGUUCAUAUUUAUGAGUGGAUAAUAUGUUCUGUUUGUAACACAUUUAAAAUAACAUCCAAAUUCAAUAUUGUGGUUUUACAAACAUUGAUUUAAUAAAACCAAAAAUUAUUUGAU